CGACUAUUAUUUCUGCAUUAUCCUGUAGAAGCAUUUACGAAAUAUUCAAUAUGAGCGGAAGAGGUAAAACCGGUGGUAAGGCCAGAGCUAAGGCUAAGACUCGCUCCUCCAGGGCAGGGCUUCAGUUCCCCGUCGGUCGUGUUCACAGACUCCUUCGCAAAGGCAACUAUGCCGAGCGCGUCGGUGCCGGUGCUCCGGUGUAUCUGGCCGCUGUGCUCGAGUACCUGACCGCUGAGAUCCUGGAGUUGGCCGGAAACGCCGCUCGGGACAACAAGAAGACCCGUAUCAUUCCCCGUCACCUGCAGCUGGCGGUGCGCAACGACGAGGAGCUGAACAAACUCCUGGGCGGAGUGACCAUCGCUCAGGGCGGCGUGCUGCCCAACAUCCAGGCCGUACUGCUGCCCAAGAAGACCGAGAAGCCCGCCAAAACUAAAUAAAAUUAAAACCGUUUUAUUAUUGAGAACUCCCAA